AAUUUUUCAUCGACUGUGGGGAAGGAUAACAAAUAUUCGGGUGGGAUACUUUCAGAGUUGUUUUCAGGAAAUGUGUAUCCCAUGCCCGAAAAGAAUCUGUGGUAAGUCCUCUCAAGUAUGGCGGCGUUACAAUUGCGCGCAUCGCUGUGGGGGAUGCUUCGCUUAAGGUGAAGUUCGUGUUCGUCAGACGUUGUCGCAGGAAUGGGGGAAGACGCGGAAUCUGUAGAUCAUGAAGCGGAGCAUGUGGACGGACUCUCAAGGCUGUCCUUUAACGAAGAACAAUUCUUCCAUCUUCCUUCGCAAGGCAAUGUGUACGGGUUUGCCAGAAUUGCCGGGGCGAUCGGAGAGAAUGAAAAAUUCCUAAUGAUUUCCUCUGCUAUGAGAAAAGUAUUCCUUGUGGAUUCCCAUCGCAAGCGCAGAGGAGUUAGAAUUUCUUCAAUGCGUGAAAUCCAAUUCACAUACAUCCCAGCGAACGCCGAGAUUGUCGCAGUCGACGCCUUGAAUCGGUCCUAUUCUGUCAAUGACUUCGUUGUUGCCCUUACUUUGGUGCGUAAAAACAAUGGUAGUGCUUCUGUCCGCUCAGGAAAUGUUGGUGAGGACGGCACUGCUAUGCAACACUUGAAUAUAUAUUCAACCUGGGAACCAAACUCAUCAAGUACUCUAGAAACAGUUUCCCAGAGCUGUCAUUCGAUCCCUCUCCAAUUCACGCCUUUGAUGCUACGCCAUGCUAAGGCUUACGCGCCCUCGACAUCUGGAGGACGUCGUUCGCGAAACACUGUUCCUGUGCAGGAGGAGCUUGGUUGGUUGUUGUCCGGUUCUGAUUGUAAAGUACAUUUCUAUUUGGAAGACCGUGCGCAAUCCUUGUUUUUCGAGCCGGCGUCGAACAAACUAUUCCCGGAGUUCAACAAAUUCCCCUCCCCGGUGUUGUGGUUUGAUUUAGUUUAUCUUGGAAAUUGCUCCAAGCGAUUAACUGCGAUCGGAUGCGAGUGUGGAUUUGUAGCAGUUAGUCUGGUUGAUACAUGGAUGUCAACGAUUACGGGGUCGUGGAGGGUACAGCACGAUGGUCCUGUUACUCACGUUGCCCUCUACCAAAAUUGCUCGCCAGAUUUCAACCUCCCCUUCAACAUGGAGGUUUUCAAGAAUGGUUCGAAUGAGAUAUUUGUGGAUCCUGUCCUGAGCAUGGAUGAAAUAGAUUUCAAUUUACUGGUUGCCAACUCGCUGCAAUCCAGUUGCUCGUAUAGAAAUGUCCUGGCAUGUGGACUUUCUGAUGAAUACAUUCUUCCCCAAAGUCAAGAGUAUGAUUGUGUAACGUGCGCCUGUGUCGCUGAUUUUGAUAUGGAUGGGUUCAAUGAGAUUGCGUUAGGAACUUACGGUCAGAAAUUGCUCAUCUAUCGAUGGAAACCUGGAAUACCACUUGACGAGGUUGAGGUAUCUUCAAAAGUGGAUGUUGAAAAUCCGGAACAUCCGAUGUUGAUCCGCCACAGUUCAAGACCUGAGUUUGACCUGAUCUUUCAGAAAACGUUUGCUUAUCCUGUCCUUGCGUUGGAUUACGCCGACUUCACGGGAGAUGGCGUCAGAGAGUUAUUUGUAUCUACCACUCGAGGAGUAGCGGUUAUUCAGCACGAUCUUAAUGAUGUACGCGCGAGAAAAAAUAUUAUGUCGCACAAAGUGCUCAUCACUGGCGCUUCGGGAUUGCUAGGUCGCGCAAUUUUCGACGAAUUUAAUGAACACCCGGAAAAAUGGAAUGUAAUCGGCACUGGUUUCACCAGGAUUGCCCCACCGUUGGUCAAAGUCGACCUCACGAAUGUCGACGAAAUUCGAGAGUGUGUGCUGAAGUAUCAGCCCCAUGUUAUUAUUCAUUGUGCUGCGCAAAGAUCUCCGGAUAAAGUCAAUGAAGAUUAUGCUUCUGCGGAGCGCCUGAAUGUUGAAGUUAGUCGCAUUCUUGCAGAACUGACCAAAGAGAUCCACGCUCAUUUGAUAUACAUAAGUACGGAUUAUGUAUUCGAUGGAAAUUCCCCACCGUACAAGGAAACUGACAAUGCGUGUCCAGUGAAUAAAUACGGGCUCACUAAACUUCGUGGAGAACAGGCCAUUAUUCUUGCUAAUCCAGAUUCUGUUAUUUUGCGCAUUCCCGUAUUGUACGGCGACGUGAAAGAGUUGGAGGAAAGCGCUAUAACUUGCUUGGCCAAAGCUGUGUUGAACCCGUCUCCUGCGAAAAUCAGCGACUACGAAAUUCGUUGUCCAGCCUACACACGUGAUAUUGCGAAGAUUCUAGAGGGAUUGAGCUCUCGUCUUCUGAAUCCCGGAAAUGGAGGUGCGGAAGUUCCUGUUGUUAAAGGAAUAUACCAGUGGUCGGGAAAGGAAGCGUUCACCAAGUAUCAACUGGCUGUGUUGAUGGGGAAAAUUCUAAAAAAGAACACUGAUCACAUAGAACCUUGCCAUGACGUUUCAUCAGCUACCCCUCGCCCGAAAGACGUUCGCAUGGAUACCAGUCGUCUCGACAGCUUGGGGCUGAUGUUCCAUACCCCUGUAGCUGAGGGCAUCGCUACUGUGCUUCACCAGUACAUCUGCUGAUCAGUGUUCUUUUGAAUUCACUCAAGAUGUUCAUAUUUUCGGGAGUCGUUUCCUCAUCCGGGAUGAACUUUUCCCGGAUCAGUUCAAGAUGUUGGAUUGCUUCGGACAUGUAAUGGUUUUAUGGCUGCUGGCUUGAAGAAAGAACUCCUCCUGUAGUAUUUACGGAAGUGGCCUUCACACCGAAAUUUUGCCGGGGAAGAGAUUUUUUAAAUCGCAGGGCACGUGAAAGCAGGUUAGGAGUGUUCAAGUUUCAUCUUUUUUUCGGUUGGCAGGUCACCUUUCUUUAUAGAAAAUUUCACGUGAGGGCUUCCUGUGAAUCUAUCUUUUUCCUAAUUAAACCUGCGGUGAUUAAUUGAUUAAAAGGAAUAAUUUAUUAAAAUUGUAUGGGUGUAUUAUCUACGAGCUCCAUAAUAAAUCUGCAUCGUCUCAAAGAGGCCUUUUAAUGCGUCAGGUAUAGUCUUUUUUUUUCCAAAGAAUAAAGUUUUCUCUGUUAGAAACCACCGUUCAUGUGAACUUCGAAUCGAGAAAUCCUCGUCCUCAACUUUCUGGUUUCAUGAACGAUUUCAUUUUUCGCUGGUAUGUGCUCUUCUCCAAUGAUACGAGAAUGAUUCACGGGCUACCUUUGAACACGUUGCCGGUGAUUCGUUUGCCGAUGAUUAGUUCCAUCUAGUCAUCAUCCUGUUAAGUUUUCCCGUUCUUGAUUUCGAAAAAUGAAUAAAAGCAGGAAUUCGUUUACAGA